UCUAAGCAUUGACAUUUAGUAAAUGUGAAAACAUUUGGCUGGACAGGUUAUGUUAGCAACAAUUAAAAUUCAUAUAAUGUAAUUGGUUUUUGAGAAUGAAUGUAUACAUUCUAAUUUAUUUUAAAUCCUGUUUGUAAUAAUUUAAAUUCAUGUAAUGUAAUUUGCUGUUGUAUAUGAACAUGUUUCAGCACCCAUCUAAGGUAAGGUUAUUGUAGAAAUUUAUUCAAGGAGGGUAUUGACCAUGGUAAAAGGUGAAUGUCAUAAACAUUUGGCUGGGAUAGGUUAUGUUAGCGUCAAUUUAAAGUCAUGUAAUGUGAUUUUGCUGUUGUACCUGUAUGUUCAUGUUUUAGCAGGUUUCUAUAAUGUAAGGCUAUGACCAUUUGUAUACUUAAUUAUUGAAGUAGUGGUAAAAAUCUGUGUAUAAAAGACAGAGGGAAUUCUCUAAUAUUCACCAGUCUUCAAGAUUUCAUCCCAGGACAAGAAGCUCAGUUCAACAGAAAUACUACCAAAAUAAAAUGUCGUACCGUACAAUUGCUUCAACUGAUUCAGAGAAUGAACAUUUUAGCGAAUCAAUUGAUAUAAGACCGUCUUUUUCAAAAACAAAACCUGGAUUAAAACGUUCUGCAGAAAAAACAAGUGUUAAAAAACCUAUGAAAAAGAAGCAGAAUAAAAUGAAUGCAUCAUACAGAGAUAAUAUCAGCGAACGCUUGAGAUCAGAAGAUUUUGAUGUUGAAGUAUUUAAUUCGCUAACAUUCAGACAAGGAGAUGGCGUUGUGACAAUAAAGACGCCUUUUGAAGAAAAAGGAAAGGAUCUUUGGGUGCUAAGUCAUUAUAAGGUUACUAACAUCGAGAAUGUACCAGUAAAGGACAGAUGGAAGUUCAGUGAAGCUACUGUUAGAUUGUACACGACCGACGAAUCAAAAGAUCAAACACUUCAUACUGGUCUUAAUGAGACAAUGCAAAUUAUAUUUGAUAAAUUACUAACCGAUCCAAAGCGUCAAACUAUUAAAAGCAAGACGGUUGUUUGAUUAUUAUACGGAAAAAUGAGUUUCAUUUAAUAAAACAAAAUAUUAUUAUA